AUGGCUGCGAAUAGCAACUUGGCAGGCCUCAAUUCGGCCACAAUGGGCGCCAAGAUGCCUGAAAUUGCUCUCCCAGACGGCACAGUUGUGCAGACGGGCACCGUUGGUGCUCUCCUCAUCAACAUCAAAUCCUAUAACAAAGCGUACGCCGAGGACGACGAGACCACCAUGGAGAGGCUCAAAGAAGCUAUGAAGGCCCCGCUGCCACUGCUGGACCGCAUCGGUCUCUUCGAGGUGCUAUUUACGGCGCAGGAAAUUGUUGAAGGUGCUGGCGAUAAUGAGGGGAGGAGGGUUUUUGGAGAAAUGUUUUUGGAUUAUAAAAAGGCCCAAAAAUAA